AUGUUUCGCAGCCUCCUAGCAGGCACGUAUACCGCUGUAGUCGUGGGCAUAAGCACCACGCUCGUCGCCAGUGCUCUCUGGGGAACAGCAGCCCUCCCAUUUGUGCUCGGCUCAUCGCUUGGAUUCACAGUUGGCAGCCUCCGAUGGUACUUGUCCGCUGAGAGGGCGGCAUUAUUUGACUUGUAUAGGUAUCCGUCACUGCUGCGCCUUCACCUGCUUGCCAAUUUCCCAUACCACCGUGAUUUCUCUCGCAACGGGCUGGAGUGGUACACGCCUGGUCGGUUCAGGUCUAGUUGGACUUUGAAGAGCAUGCUGGUAGCGGCCUGGCUCUCCGCGCAGCCGGCGAUAGACGAGAUUCAGACAAGGACCGAAUCGGAUGUUGUGGGGACUUAUACUGUUGAUGAUUACAUGAUGGAUGGCCGACGCAGUAAGGAUGACUGA